AUGUUAAGUGACGAACGACAAUCACAACGUUCGCCGACUACAUCACGAACUGGUCCAUAUCGUGAUGGACCUGCAUCAAAAGCAACAGAUCGUGGUUAUCAGCAACGUUCAUCCAUAGAUGAAGAAAAUGACAGAGAUAAUGAGUAUGAAGAACCAUCGAACGAUAUCGAUGAAGAAACAAGAAAUGAGCCACGACCUCAACGUAAUGAAGAUCCAUAUAUAUCUGCAUUGAGACAUCGAUUUCCAAAUCGACCGAAAAAUGAUUAUUCUUAUUCAAAGCCUCUUGGUCCUUCUUCAAUCCCAUCUGCACCUCCUCUACCAACAAGUACGACAUCAUCAACAUCAACAACAACUCCAAGACCGACAACGACAACGACAUCAACAGGAACACAAAGAAAAGGAUCUUAUGAUACACCAUCAAGACCAAGUAUAGGUGGUGCUAACACAGGAAAUACCUCUGGUGAAAAUACUUUUCGAAGACCAAUUUUACGUCCUGUUAAUCCGGCAGAUCAAAAUACUUAUGCAAGACGUGUUGCUGGUGACACAACACCACCGAAUCUUCCAUCAAAAUCGCCAACAUUAAAACCAAAUGUUCGAAUUAAUGAAGAAAAUAAUACUGGAUUAAAUCGAUCUAAUACAACAGGUUUUUCUACUCAACCAGGAGCACCAAGAACACAAGAAAGUACUUUUGAAUCAAUUCAUUCACAGGGUGGACCUGUUUCUUAUUUGGGUACUGGUACUUUUUCACAAUUUGAACAUUGUUUACGUGAAUGUUUGGAACGUGAACGACGUCAAACAGGUAUUGCAAGUCAAAUUAUACGACAAGAUAUUCCACCAACUAUUCCUGUCAAUGAUUAUGGUUAUGAUCCAGCUGUAGUAACAUCAUCAUCAUCAUCAUGUUAUCCUCUACCUCGUUCAUCUAGUAGUUCUCAUUUUAUUGAUUAUCCUUCAAGAGCAAUGGGAUCAUUUACAAUUGAUGAUAUUCGUCAUAUUAAUGUUGCACUUUCUAGAAAUAAUAUUUCAUUAUUUCCUUAUGAACGUCCUUUUUGUUAUAAUGUAUCUCCUUCUUUCACAUCAAGACCUCAUACUUAUCCAACUGAACGACUUAGGAGUGGUGACGUCGUAUCUGCAUGUCGAGUUGUUGAAGACGAUCCGGCAUUACUGUAUAAUAGAAAUGGACAUGAAGCUGUACAAAAUGUUUGGAAUUCAAUACGAAAUCAUCCGUCUUCUUCAUAUAUCGACGAUUCAAGAUGA